AUGUUUAACAUCAGCAAGAGAGCCUUCUCGACCUCAUCAAUUAAUCUUACCAAGUGUUUCUUUGACGUCACAAUUGGUGGCAAGAAACAGCCAAGAAUCGUCUUUGAUUUGUUCGAUAAAGAGCUCCCAAAGACGGCGGAAAAUUUCAGAGCGCUAUGUACAGGCGAGAAAGGUUUUGGCUAUAAAAACUCUAUCUUUCACAGAGUUAUCCCACAAUUCAUGCUACAAGGUGGUGAUAUUACCCAUUUCAACGGUUACGGCGGCAAAUCCAUUUAUGGUGACCAUUUCGAUGACGAAGGUUUUCCCUUCAAGCAUACCAAACCCGGUAUGCUCUCCAUGGCCAAUGCAGGCCCAAAUAGUAAUGGCUCUCAGUUUUUCAUCACGACUAUUCCAUGUCCUUGGUUGGACGGACAUCACGUGGUGUUUGGAGAGGUGAGCGACGGGUAUGAUACUGUCAAAACCAUUGAAGGUGUCGGCUCCUCGUCUGGCAAAGUCAGCCAGGAGGUUCGAGUCGAAGACUGCGGUGAGUUGAAGGAGUAG